UCAGUGCGCAUGCGCGUUAUCCUUAGCUUUCUUAAUAUUUAAUAUCAAUGGCUGACGCUGAUUUCUAAAGCGUCUCCUAAAAUUACGAAGAAAGCUUUGACACGUUUUCCAAAUAUCGAGGUUAACGUCAAUCGCUUCUGUUUUAUUCGAUGAGCUUUUAUCAUAAUCGGCCAGAAUUCAUCCUUAACACCAAAAUGGGACAAAAAUGUCACAUUUAACCCUUUCCGCUCCAGCGUCGACAUUAACGCGAGCAGAAGAUGAUGCGUCAGGUGUCCAGCAGUGAUUACUGCGUCGACAGCAGACCGUCGUGUUUAGCCGAGGACGGGAGACUCUCGCCGAGUCACUUUGAUCUGUGCCCCACCAAGUUCUAUCAGUCUGCUCCUCCUCAGCGCUCGCGACAGAUGUGCUUCACUUACCUGCCAUCUCCGGCCCCCGCCGUCCUCAAACCCACACCGUGCCAGAGACAGGACCGCCGCGAGGAGCCGCCGAUGUCCCUGGGGCCCGACUCCACUCAGGGUAAUGAGAAGAGUAGGGGCUCCAAAAAAAAGGGGGCGUCCGGGAAGUCUGGGAAACGCGGGCGUCCACCGGGCACCACCAAAUCAGCCGGAUACAGAACCAGCACAGGCAGACCCUUGGGCACCACCAGGGCCGCCGGCUUCAAGACCAGUCCUGGACGGCCGCUGGGCACCACCAGAGCUGCUGGGUAUAAAGUGAGUCCCGGUCGCCCGCCAGGGAGCAUAAAGAGCCAGUCACGCCCGAGCAAACUGAGCUACAGCGCCUGCAGCGGAGCCGCGUUUCCCUACAGCAUCAUACACAAACCUGGAGCCGGUGACGCCGCGCUGAAGGAGGAGACCACCACAGAAACCCAAAAAAUGCUGUUACAAGCCCCACAGUUCCUCCUCAGCACGUUCCCCGUACGAAACCAAAAAACCCCUCCGCAGGUCAGCGCCACGCCAUCGGAGCCCUUUCCCCCCGCGGCUGUGUGUCCAGACGGCGGUCAGUCGAGAAACACUCUGCCCGUACCCAUCCACAGCGCUCUGCCAACAUACUCCUGAACACGUCUGAGACACCUGAUCUCUGUCACACACAUGACCUCUGUCACACACACCGGUUGGUCAUCUCUCACUGAGGUAGUGUUCUUCAGCUGUAAAUAGGUCUCUGGCGUCUGUGGUCACUCUGGAUGUCCACUGCAUGUCAUGUUGCUUGUUAUUGAGCUCGUUUCUUAAGAGUCACACGAUAAUAAAGAUGACUUCACAACAGUUUCACUGAAGAGUGUUUCUCCAUUCCAGCACUGCAGCAGCUUUCUGUAGUGUGUGUGUGUGUGUGUGUGUGUGCGCGGGGGGGUCACACACACACAUACACACACACACACACACACUCUGUAAUCACACACAUCACUCACCACACGUCUUGUAAUAGUUCCUUCUGUAUUGUGUUGAUUCUUCUGACUCUGAUGAUUGUUGUUGGUGUGGGAAUGCUGUGAUGUAGAAGUCUUCUUAUGGUUUAAUAUCACAUUGAUUGAGAUGUGUAGUGUGUAGUCUUUAGCAGUGUGUGGCAUUAAGAGAAGCUUUAUGUUCAAUAUUUGUUACAUUCAUAUAAUCAGUGAUGUUGGCUCUUAUUUUCCUUCAUUGAUUUACUUUGUAAUACAGUUACAAUAUGAAUAUAUACAUGUCUGUGUAUGUUUUAUUAAAAUGUAAUUACAUCAA